AUGGCGGAUGCUACUGCAAGGUCUGGCCAAUCUGGAGGUCCUAUUAGUAGUACAAUUGAUCCAAAUCAUCCCUACUAUAUACAUCCAUCUGAUAACCCUGGAGCGAUGGUAGUACCAGUUCAAUUUACUGGAGUAGGUUUUUGCUCAUGGAGACGUAGUAUUCUGAGAACACUUUCAGUGAAGAACAAGCUAGGCUUUAUUAAUGGAGAUUGUUCACGUCCUCGAUCAACUGAUCCAUCAUAUAAACAAUGGGAGAGAUGCGAUAACAUUGUUACUUCUUGGAUUCUGAAUUCACUGUCUAAAGAAAUUGCUGAUAGUGUCGAGUAUGUUCAGGAUUCUGCAGAAUUACGGAAGGAAUUGGAGGAUCGGUAUGAGCAAACAAAUGGUGCGAAGUUAUACCAGAUUCAACGAGAAAUUAAUGAAUUGUCGCAGGGAUCUCUUGAUGUUACAGGUUACUACACCAAGCUGAAAAAGCUAUGGGAGGAGAUAAGUGCUUUAAAUGCCAAAGCUCAAUGCACUUGCAGCUGCAUUUGUGGAGCAAAGGCACUUACUCACAAAGCAGAACAAGAUAGAAGAUUAAUCCAAUUUCUCAUGGGAUUGAAUGAGAUGUACACAGUUAUUCGUGGAAGUAUACUUAUGAUGAAUCCACUGCCAACUUUGGCUCAGGCUUUUUCUCUACUAGUUCAAGAUGAACACCAAAGAGAAAUUAAACCUUCUAGCUUUCUUAAUGCAGAAUCUACUGCUUUAUAUGCUGGAAACAUCAGGCCUUCUUCAUCAGCUGGUGGGAGCAUCAGACCUUCUUCAUCAGUUGGAAAUAUCAGGCCUCCUUCAUCCUACUGA